AUGCACAUCAAAUCACGAUGGAGCAUCCCCAUUCCCCAAGUCGACCUCUCCACCUACCUCUUCACCUCUCCCGAUGCCUCCCUCCCCGAAACGCCACUCCUCAUCUCCGCCAGCAACCCCGCGCACUACCUCACCCACUCAACAUAUCGCCUGUACUCUCAGCGCCUCGCCCUCGGCCUCCAGCGCGCAGGGCUGCACCCAGGGGACCGUGUCCUGCUCUUCAGCGGCAACAGCUUGUACUUCCCCGUUGUGCUGAUGGGUGUCAUCAUGGCGGGUGGCAUCUUUACUGGCGCGAACCCGGGCUAUGUGGCUAGAGAAUUGGCAUACCAGCUGCAAGACUCGGGGGCUACCUUCUUGAUUACGGCAGAGGCAAGUUUGGCGACGGCGCUGGAAGCCGCAGAUGCGGUGGGCAUGCGGCAUGACCGGAUCUUCGUGUUCAACGACAACGAGACGGACAGGGGGAGCCGACCAGAAGGAGUCCCCCACUGGUCGCACCUCCUCGCCCCCGCCUCCUCCGCGCGCACCUUCGCCUGGGAAGCCCUCACCACCCCCUCCCAGACUAGCAGAACCAUCGCGCUAAACUACUCCUCCGGCACGACCGGCCCCCCGAAAGGCGUAGAAAUCACCCACCACAACUACGUCUCCAAUACCGCCCAAACCGUCGCCCUAGCCCAACUGGCCCCGGACUUCGAAGCCACGAACGCGCGCGCCCGCUGGCUGUGCUUCCUGCCCAUGUACCACGCGAUGGCGCAAACCAUCUUCUGCGUUGCGGCGCCGCUGCGGGGUAUUCCAGUAUAUAUCAUGCCGAAGUUCGAUUUCCUGGGGAUGCUGGAGGCUGUGCAGAAGUUCAAGAUCACGGAUCUGAUUCUGGUACCGCCGGUUGUGGUCGCGCUGGCGAAACAUCCCGCCGCCAGGAAGUUCGAUCUCAGCAGCGUGGAGCGCGUCGGAUCCGGCGCGGCGCCGCUGGGGCGCGAGGUCUGCGAGGAGCUGGAACAGUUAUGGCCCAAAGGCAAAAUUAACGUUAAGCAAGGAUGGGGGAUGACAGAGGGGACAUGUACGGUGCUGUCGUGGAAUCCUGAAGAGCGGAGCGAGUCGUUCAGUGUCGGGGAGCUGGUGGCGAACUGUGAGGCGCGGCUGGUGGAUGAUGAUGGCAAAGAGGUGGGGACGGGAGAGAGGGGGGAGCUGUGGGUCAGAGCGCCGAACGUGAUGAAAGGGUAUUGGAAGAGGCCGGAGGCGACGAGAGAGACGAUUACGCCGGAUGGGUGGCUUAAGACGGGGGAUAUUGCCUAUGUGGAUGCGCAGGGGAAGUUCUUUAUCGUGGACCGGAAGAAGGAACUCAUCAAAGUGAAAGGGAAUCAAGUCGCGCCUGCGGAGCUCGAGGCCUUGCUACUGGAGCACCCGGCCGUGGCGGAUGCCGCAGUCAUCGGCGUGACCAUUAAUGGGGAGGAACUACCGCGUGCCUACAUUGUCCUGAAGCAGGGCAGUAGUGCAACAGAGAAGGAGAUCCAGGAUUUUAUGAAGGGGAAGGUCAGCCGGACAAAGCGGCUUGACGGAGGAGUACGGUUUGUGGAUGCAAUUCCGAAGAAUCCGGCAAGUCCUGCGCUCCGAUUUGGCAAAGACCGUGACUAA